AUGUACGCCCACGAUAUCAUGACGAAAGCUAUAGACGACAUGACGACAGACCAUCGUCUCCAGCUCGAUCUAACUUUUUUUUUCCAGAAUGCUGCUGUGCUCCGUGAAGAGCUUCGCUCCGUUUACGAUCCAUCUCAGGAUUACAGAACUGGCGGCUACGGUGCUAGCGACGCGCGCAACUACUACUCGUCAAACGCUAGUCCAAGUUAUUCGAAGAAACUUGAUGAGAAUCAAUCAUGGGCAAGUGAACCGCGACGUUUUGAGGUGUAUAAAACUAGGGCAGAAAGAGAAGUGGAGAGGAAUACACAUACACCGAGCGGAGCUUCAUCCUAUCGCCCAGCAUCAAACUACAGCGAUCGCCCAUUGAACAAUUAUGCCGUAAGAAAGGUAAAGGAACCUGAACAAGUUUGCCGUGUUACCUAUUUAAACCUUGAACCCUCAAAAGCACGGGGCAAGUACCUUCCUUACUUAUGCAACUUUUACUAUCCAGAAGACUCGUACAAGAUGGAUCAGUAUCGAAGUGACCCUUAUAGAAGAUUCGAGCACUAUUCGUACAAACGAACUCCUUAUGACUUUGAGAAAGGCUCUACACCAGGAACUGACAGCUAUACUUCUUCAGCAACUUCGCAUGCUCUAGACAAUCCUCUAGUUAUGAACAGGUAAAU